AUGGUUGCUUUUGAACACGUGUCUCCACAUGUCACUCGCAAAACUCACUCCCUCAGCAGAUUUCAGGAAUUUGUCAUGGUCCUGAUGAAACUGCGAUUGAAUGUACCCUUUCAAGAUCUGGCUUACCGUUUCAUGGUAUCUGUGCCCACUGUGUCAAGGAUUUUUUUUCCUCCUGGCUGGUUGUUAUGGACACCAGGUUGUUUCCUCUUGUUUCCUGGCCAGAUAGGGGAGCAGUUAUGGAAAACAAUGCCAAUGUGUUUUCAACAUGCAUUUGGAAGGAAAGUAACUGUAAUCAUUGACUGUUUUGAGGUGUUUAUCGAAAGGCCGUCAAAUCUGUUAGCCAGAGCACAAACAUUUUCAUCGUACAAACACCACAAUACGAUCAAGAUUCUCAUUGGUAUUACACCCCAAGGAACUGUGUCUUUUGUUAGUGAAGCCUGGGAGGCCGCACCUCUGAUAAGUAUCUGA